AGCGCGUCGUCAUUUUGUGGUUGUCGUGCAAUUGCAAAUUAUUAGAAUUAAAAAUGUUAACUUUCAAAAGUAAUUACUAGUUACUCACGUUUUGUCUUAAUUUUAAGACAAUCAACAUAUCGCGUUGAUCGCACACGCUUUUAAAAGCACCACGCACAAAAUGGCUGAUAUAAAGUCUAUGUUCAACAAGAUGUCGGCAGCCACAAACGGCACCGGGGAUGCCCAGGCGGCGCCCGCAGCCAAGAACCAGAAGGGUUCUAUCGAGAAGAUUUACCAGAAGAAAUCUCAACUGGAGCACAUCCUCCUCCGUCCGGACACAUACAUCGGGUCCGUUGAGCGGGCCCAUGAGACCAUGUGGGUCUUUGACAAGGAGAAGGAGUGCAUGGUUCAGAAGGAGCUCAAUUUCGUGCCGGGUUUAUACAAGAUAUAUGAUGAAAUCCUCGUGAACGCGGCUGACAACAAGCAAAGAGAUCCCAAAAUGGACGUAAUUAGAAUUGACAUCAACCAAGAAACAAACACUAUCUCCGUGUACAACAACGGCUGCGGCAUCCCAGUCGUCAUGCACAAGGAAGAGAAGAUGUACGUGCCCACCAUGAUCUUCGGCCACCUCCUCACCUCAUCCAACUACAACGACGAAGAGGAGAAAGUUACCGGAGGCAGAAACGGCUACGGUGCCAAACUCUGCAACAUCUUCUCCACAAAAUUCACAGUUGAAACCGCUUCCAAACAGUACAAAAAACAUUUCAAGCAAACCUGGGGAUCCAACAUGACGAAGGCUUCCGAGCCUAAAAUUAAAGAGGCGGGACGAGAUGACGAUUUUACUAAAGUGACGUUUAGCCCCGAUUUGGCUAAGUUUAAAAUGGAGAAGCUGGAAGAUGACAUCAUUGCACUCAUGUCGCGCCGAGCUUACGACGUCGCCGCCUCAACCGCAGGAGUUAAAGUCUACCUUAAUGGUGAAAGAUUGAAAAUCAAUAAGUUUAAGGAUUAUAUAGACUUAUAUAUCAAGGGUAAAGAAGAUGAGAACGGACAGCCGUUGAAGGUUGUCUACGAGAAAGUCAAUGACCGCUGGGAGGUCGCUUUGACUCUCUCUGACAGAGGAUUCCAACAGGUCUCCUUCGUAAACUCUAUCGCCACCACUAAAGGUGGAAAACACGUUGACUCAGUAUCUGAUAAUAUUGUUAAGCACGUAAUUGAAGUAUUAAAGAAGAAAAACAAAGGUGGCGUUAAUAUUAAGCCUUUCCAAGUUAAGAAUCACAUGUGGCUGUUCAUUAAUUGUUUAAUUGUGAACCCAACCUUUGACUCGCAGACAAAAGAAAACAUGACUCUUCAAGCGAAGAGCUUUGGUUCAAAAUGCACAUUUACGGAGAAGUUUAUAACAGCGGUGAGCAAGAGUGGGCUGGUUGAGUCUGUCCUCACUUGGGCCAAGUUUAAGGCCCAAGCCGAACUUGUAAAGACUUCUGGUAAAAAACAGAGUAAACUCAAAGGUAUACCGAAGUUAGAAGACGCGAACGACGCCGGUACGAAAAAUGCACAUCUCUGCACUUUGAUUCUCACUGAGGGAGACUCAGCCAAGACUUUAGCCGUGUCUGGGCUCAGUGUAGUCGGCCGGGACCACUACGGAGUCUUCCCACUGAAGGGUAAACCUUUGAACGUGAGAGACGCGUCGCACAAGCAGGUUCUUGAGAAUGUCGAGAUCAAUAACCUGAUUAAGAUCCUUGGUCUUCAAUAUAAGAAGAAGUAUAACACUAUGGAUGACUUAAAAUCCUUGCGUUACGGUAAAUGCAUGAUUAUGGCCGAUCAGGAUCAGGACGGUUCUCAUAUUAAAGGUCUAAUUAUCAACUUCAUACAUCACAACUGGCCCGAACUGCUCAAACUCCCAUUUUUAGAAGAAUUCAUCACGCCUAUCGUGAAAGCGACAAAGAAAGACAAAGAGAUAUCUUUCUACUCUCUCCCGGAGUUCGAGGAGUGGAAGAGAGACACAGAUAACCAUCACACAUACAAUAUAAAGUACUACAAAGGUUUGGGUACCUCCACAUCCAAGGAGGCUAAAGAAUAUUUCCAGAACAUGGAAAGGCAUAGGAUUAAGUUCAAGUACGGUGGACCUACGGACGACCACCAUAUUGAAUUGGCCUUUUCGAAGAAAGGCGCUGAUCAGAGGAAGGAGUGGUUGACGAACCACAUGGAUGAAGUGAAGCGUAGAAAGGAGAUUGGGCUGCCGGAGAGAUAUUUGUACACUAAGGAGACUAAGGCUGUCUCGUAUUCGGAUUUCGUUAAUUUGGAGCUGGUUCUCUUCUCUAAUGGUGACAAUGUUAGGUCUAUCCCGUCAAUGGUGGACGGUCUAAAGCCGGGCCAGCGCAAAGUGAUCUUCACGUGCAUCAAGCGCAACGACAAGCGAGAAGUCAAGGUGGCGCAAUUGGCUGGUUCAGUUGCUGAACACUCUGCCUACCAUCACGGUGAGCAGUCCCUCUCAAUGACCAUCGUCAACUUGGCCCAGAACUACGUGGGCUCCAACAACAUCAACCUCCUGGAGCCCCGAGGCCAGUUCGGUACCAGACUCAGCGGAGGCAAGGACUCGGCCAGUCCCAGAUACAUCUUCACGCUCAUGUCACCGCUGGCGAGGCUGAUAUUCCACCCUCAUGAUGACCCGCUGCUAGUGCACGAGUUUGAAGACAACCAGAAGAUCGAGCCGAUGUACUACAUCCCCAUCCUGCCGAUGUUACUGGUCAACGGCGCUGAGGGCAUCGGCACUGGCUGGUCCACCAAGAUCCCGCAGUACAACCCGAGAGAUAUCGUCGAGAACAUACGCCUAAUGCUCGACGGCGACGAGCCGCGUCCCAUGCACCCCUGGUACAAGAACUUCAAAGGCCACGUCGAAGGUUUCGGCGACAAAUACGUCAUCUCCGGUGAAGCCGCCAUCUUGCCCGGCGACAAGAUCGAGAUCACCGAGCUGCCGGUCGGCGUGUGGACGCAGAACUACAAGGAGAACGUUCUGGAGCCCAUGCUGGGGACUGAUAAAGUGAAGCCGAUCAUUUCUGAGUACAGGGAAUACAACACCGACACAACAGUUCGCUUCGUGGUGUCCCUGCUGCCGGGCAAGCUGCCCGAGGUGGAGGCGGAGGGCAUCCACAAAGUGUUCAAGCUGCAGACCACCAUCUCCAUGACCUGCAUGAACGCCUUCGACCACAACAACUGUCUCAAGAAGUACGACAAAGUGGAAGAGGUUCUUCGCGAGUUCUAUUCCCUUCGCAUGAAGUACUACGCUCGCCGUAAGGACUGGCUCGAAGGACAGUUACAGGCCGAAGCUGAUAAGCUUUCUAACCAGGCUCGCUUCAUUCUCGAGAAGUGCGACAAGGGGCUGGUUGUCGAAAACAAGAAGAGGAAGGCUAUGGUUGAGGAACUCAUCAAGAGAGGUUAUGCGCCGGACCCGAUCGCGGAUUGGAAGAAACGCGCCUCCAAGAUGCAGGGGCUAGAAGUCGUCGAGGAGGAGCCCGAAUCCGAGGAGGAGGCCGAACCUGAGCCCGAGAAGGGCAAGCCUGUUGAUCCCGAGAAAGCAUUCCAAGCGCUGAAAGAGGUGAAGAAGUUCAACUACCUGCUGGGUAUGUCCAUGUGGAUGCUCACGAAGGAGAAGAAGGAUGAACUGCUCAAGCAAAGGGACCAGAAACUCAGCGAGCUCGAUACUCUCAAGAAAAAGACUCCAGCAAUGCUGUGGCGUGAGGACCUGGACGCCUUCCUCAUCAAGUUGGAAGAUGUUGAGGAGAAGGAGAGACAGGAAGAGAUCACCACCAACAAGAAGACUGCCAAAGCACUGAUGGAUAGAAUGAAGGCCAACAAGAAUAAGAGCCGCAAGUCCAUGUUGGACAUCGCUCCAUCAACGAACGGCCGCCGAGUGGAGCCCAAGAUCUCUGACGACCUCAUCAAGCGCAUACAGGCCGCAGAGAAGGCUAAGACUAGAAAGGAGACCAAGAAGGAAUACGACCCGGAUGACCCGGCCGGCGUGAGCCCGUCGAGCGGCGAGAAGAAGCCCAAGGCGGCGCGGGUCAAGAAGGAAAAAGCUGAGAAGCCCGAGAAGCCCGACAAGAACGGACUGAAGCAGAGCAAGCUCAACUUCAAGAAGGAGAAGAAGGCAAGUCCGAAGAAAAAGAUGAACUUCGACGGCAGCGAUAGCGAGGAGCUCUCUGGAUCCGACGCGGAGAUUUCUGCGGAACCCGUCGUGCCGAGAGAGAGAACCAACGCCCGCAGAGCUGCACUAAGGUUCGUUCAAAAGUACAAAGACUCUGAACACUCGUCAUCAGACUCCGAGCCAGAACUGCUUGAUAACAAGAUCGAGUCGGACACUGAAGCGCCAGCGAGAGCCAUGUCGCUCAGCGAUGAUGAUGACUUCAAUGUCAAGAAAACCACUAAAGCUAAGGCCAAGAAACCCGUCGAAAUGGAUUCAGACUGUCUAUUCGACUCACUAAUCGAAGAAUCCAAGAAAGACGAAUCCUUCAAGAACUCGCUCAACCACAAGUCGCCCUCGCCAGUAGCUCUGUCCAGCGACGAAGAGCCAGCAUCUCCGCCGCCCAAGAAGAAACCGGCGCCUAAAAAGAAGGAAAAAGCAGAGAAGGUGGAGAAGGAAUCUAAACCGAAGAAGCGGCCCGCCAAGGCGAUCAGUCUGGAUAGCGAUGAGGAUGAUAGCAUAUUUAAUAGUAAAAAGGACAAAAAGAAGCCAAACCCGAAGAAGAAGGCCAAGAAAUCCAGCAGCGGCUCCGAGUCCGACGCCUUCCGCGCCUCCCCGCCGCCCGCGCGCCCCGCCGCCCGCGCGCGCGCGCCCGCCAAGUCCAAGUACACGUUCAGCGACGGCUCCGACAGCGACGACUGAACCACUCACAAUUAUUGUAUGGAUCCAGUAUUUUGUACAUAAAGCGAGCACGGCAGCCCGAGCCCGUACCGUCUCGAAGAAGUAUCUCACAUGUCACCCCUAAUAUUAUUACAUUUUUAUUUUUCUACCCCCGACCUAUUAGGUUAACUCGUGGACGCACGAUUUUAUUCCCUGACGGAGUGACGAACUCUAAUACUAUAGCAAUUUUAUAGUAAAAUAAACCUUGAACUCCAAGAAUAAGGAGGCUAAAGUAAUUUUUAAAGUAGGUUUACAUUGGCAUACUUUGCCCGAAUGAUAUGGACUGUAUAUAUUUCUUUGGAAAUUAUUCUAAUUUUUCCUUUCUUAAUUGCUUUGUUAACUUACUUUCGAACUUAUCCCAGUAUAAGUCUUUCUUAUUAAUGUAUUGUGUGGAUUAAUCUCAAAUUAAGUGCUUACUUAUUAAAUUUUGAUAAGAGGGAUUUACUUUUAGUUGAAUCUGUGUCUUGAAUGCUCUCAUUCCAUUUAUUAUCUAAUUUUUAGAAUGAAAUAUUUUCAUUGUCAAUUAAUAUUACAAUUCUACACAAUGUUAUUUCUAUAAGGAUGAGUUUUACUUAUCGUUUAAUUAUAAUUCUGUUUGUGUUCUAAUCAAUGUUCAUUAUCUUGAUUAUAUUCUGUUUCGACAUUAAUUUCAUUGUUUGUUAAUUUCCAUUGACAUGUAAAUAAAAGAACAAUUUUAAGGUUUA